UGGUUUCGUCCUUUACCGGAAGAGUCCGUGUUUACAGCGCAGCUUUCGCUCCACGUUAGCAUCGUUGAUUGAGGAGAAGUCACUAGGAAUUUACCUUUGUGUUUUUGUCACAAACAGUUUCGACACUUCUUUUUGUAAAAUCACGCUCUUAAUUUUGCGCCACGUCGUCAAUAGCAUGAUUGUUUGGAGGCGGAAGUGUUGCCGACAAGCAUAGCAAUGACAAGCUGGCUAACGUAGCGCCAAGGUUAGCCAGCUACUAACUAUCAACACUAGCUAACUUCUCGCAGAGCAUCGGGACAUCCACUACGGUUAAACAGGGGAAUUCAGGUCGAAAGGACACAAGCGCGGCCAUGGGUGCGGAGAACAGCGCGGUGCGGAGCUGCAUCUUGGAGGAGCCACUCCUGACUCUGCCCUCCGGACUCACCAUGUACUCGGCCAUGCUCCAGGAUGGAAAGCCUGCUUCCGUGUUCGUUCACAAGCGGGGGAAUGAGGACAAAGUCAACCAAGCUGCCAAGCACCUGAAGACCUUAAGGCACCCGUGUCUGCUGCGCUUCCUGUCCUGCUCAGUGCAGGACGGUGGCAUCCACCUGGUGACGGAGUGCGUGCAGCCCCUGGAGCUGCUACUGGACAGCCUCUCCCCGGAGGAAAUCUGCGCAGGCAUAUACGACCUCCUGCAGGCGCUUGUGUUUCUGCACGACAGGGGCAAAUCAAGCCACAACAAUGUCUGCAUUUCAUCUGUAUUUGUCAGUGAAGAUGGUCAUUGGAAACUGGGAGGGAUGGAGACUGUCUGCAAAUUCUCUGAAGCGACACCUGAGUUUCUCACAAGCAUUGAUAACUUGAGAGAGGCCACCUGCGUUCCCCCAGAAGAGCUGGUUGAGGGCUUUAAAAUGCUUCCGGAGAAAAAUGCUCACUCUCGGGACUGUUACUCUUUUGGAAUCAUGAUGGAGACCCUCAUCUCUCUCCUGAAUGGCUAUGUGUCACAGGAGCUGUCUGACAGUCUGAAGAAGACCCUGCAGGCAGGCCUUCUGAACUCUGACCCCUUUUCUCGACCUCCACUCAGCUCCCUAUUGACUCAUGAGUUUUUCAGGAAUGACUUCCUGGAAGUGAUGAAUUUUCUAAAGAGCCUGACCUUGAAGACGGAAGAAGAAAAGAAUGAAUUCUUUAAGUUUCUUCUAGACCGGGUCCAGAGUCUCCCUGAAGAGCUGAUCGCUGUACGUCUUGUCCCCAAACUCCUCAACUCUCUCGUUUUUGCAGAACCCAUGGCUGUCAAAAGCUUCCUGCCUCAUCUUCUAAGGCCAAAGAGGGAUUCCAGUGGUGGUGUUAGUGGGGAAGAAUGCCUGCUGUCUGUGUCCCUUUACCGGAAACAUGUGAUUCCUCAGCUUCUCAAACUCUUCAAGGUCAAUGAGGAACACGUCCGGAUCGUGUUGCUGGCUCACAUCCACAUUUACGCUGAGUUCUUCUCCCAUGAUGAACUCAAAAACCAGAUCCUACCUCAGGUUUUGUUAGGAAUGAGAGACACCAGUGAUUCUCUGGUUGCCGUGACGCUGCAGAGUCUGGCGGUGUUGGUGCCCUUGCUGGGGGCUCAAGUGGUGGUUGGUGGAGAGAGAACCAAGGUCUUUAAACGCACCACACCCAACUUCACCAAGUCUACAGAGGUCACCCCUGAAACUUCACCUGUCCAUAUAGUUGGAGGCUCCCAACCUCAGAUGGCCCAGCCUUCGAAAGUCUUGAAUUUGUUCCCCAGACCAACAGGGACCGAAGGCCUGGUCCUGGGUCACAUGGGUAGCUUGGCGGGUAGUAGGGAGACUCCAAGAAGUUACCCUCUGGCACCAAAAUCAGAUGUGAGUAGACAAAUGUCUCUACCUUUGAACGGCUUUCGUCAGGAGGUGGAGCAGCAGUCAUACAGCCCAGAGCAGGCUGACAGAAGAGAAGGCCCACCAGAAGACUGGCCUGACUGGAGCGACCCUGAAGAGAGUGAGAACGCAGAUGGACAGUCAGUCCAGAUCCACAUCCAGGCCUCAGAGAGAGGGCAUCCAGUCACUAGCAGAGUGCCCCUCUCCCACCCCGACAUCGAAGAGGCACCGUGGGAUGACUUUGAGGACACUGAUCCUACCUCAGAUCUCUCCCCUAUGGCUCCUUUAUCAGACCCAGUUAUACUCACACUGCCCAGAGGGGACACUACUACACCUGUAAAACAUGCUCCUGAAGCACCAAGACUGGGUUCCUCCAAACCCCUCAAACUGACAUCAACACUGCGACAAUCCACACAGAGCAAGACCAGUUCCUCAUGGGACGAUGGCUGGGCUCAAGAAGAGAGAGGCUUGGAGAACUCACACAGCCCAUUAAACCCCAAGCCCACAGUGCUACAAAAGAACAGUGGGAUAGGAGGUCUGGGGGAGGAGUUCACCAUUAAGGUGAAGAAAAAGGCAAAGCAAGACCCGGAGCUGGAUUUGUUCGCAGACAUGGUGCCGGACAUCAAACUGUCCUCUCCAGCUCUGCUGCUACUGGACGAGGGUAGCGUAGGUGAUGCUGGACUGUCUGCAGCCUCUCCAGAAAACACAUCUCUGCAGGUUGACUCGUCCAUCGAUACUGUAACACUCACCGCCAAGUUUGCAGCUGCCAAUCUGACUGAGACUGAAACCGAUGGUUGGGGAGACGAAGGUGACCUGAACUGGGACGAUGAGAAUUCUUGGUGAUGACGUUUGAUCGGUCUGCUGCAAAAAUCAAAUCCUCACGAUGCACCACCUCUGGAAGCACCAUUUCAGACCGCCUGUAAGCUGAAAGUUGCUCCAGUUCUUAUUUAACAGCAUGAUGCGUCAUCAAGAAUCAUAACGACUUGUUCAGACUUUUUGUAUUGUCUUAUGUUGGUUCCUGGACAUUUAUCAGUCUGUUCAUUAAGAUAACAUUCUUUUAAACUGGAGACUUGAAAUGUGCAGGACUUGGACAAAUGAAGGCAUUCUUAAUUGUUUGCCAACUGAUACGAGUCACGUCGAGGGGAAUGAGGAUCUUUAUCAGUGGUGAAUGUCAUCCUGGUUUCAUCUGCUUCUCUAAAUUUUCCUUUUAUGUGCCAAUUUCAUCACUGGCAUGAAGAUCAAGGUGCACUUUUUGGCAAGGCGCACAACUUGUCCAAAAUGUGUCAGGUUUGAAUUACAGGCUUGCACUGAAUGAAUGUGAAAUGGAAAUUACAUAAUUUAUUAGUAGCUUUUUGGUUGGUGGUCAAGUAAAGAUUUUACUGUAUAAAAUACGACCCUGUUCUGUUUUAUAAAACGUUUUAUUAGAUUUACCUUUUUUAUUAUUAGGUAAUUGCAAUGUUUAGGGCCGGCAGCAACUACUUACUUACUUGGACAAGCAGACAGAAAACACCCAUCAAUAUCAAAACAGGUAGUUAGUGGAGGCUUGACUUACUGCUAAAUUAAAACAAAUGAACAAUGAUUUGUGCUCAAAGUUUAAUAAACAAUAACAUCAAACAAAGAAUGAGUAGGCAGGUUUAAAAAGUGAGGAGAAAACUUUCUGCAGCAGCAAAGAGUGUACAGACUUUCACAGGCCCAGGCUUGAGGGGGUGGGGGG